AGCAGCGUUUUUAAAUUAUUUUAAAAUAUGAGCGGCGUUUUCAUACGAGAAUUAGACAUUGAGCUUAUCAACGAUGAAGCAAAAACAUUGGAAUUGCACCAAAAAAUUGAAGGGGACGUCAGCUGUGUCGUAUGGGAUGCCUCCAUAACGUUGGCCAAGUAUUUAGAAAAUUUAAAUAAAAAACGCCCGGGGUGUCUUCAAAACAUGAACGUAGUUGAACUGGGAGCCGGUGUGGGUUGUGUAGGGAUCACAGCAGCAUGCUUAGGAGCCAAUGUUUUGGUAACAGAUUUGGAUAGAGCUCUACCACUUUUAAUUUUAAAUACAGAAGUCAAUAAAGCCCAGUGGAAAGAUUAUGGAGCUAUCGAGGUUAAAUCAUUGAACUGGGGUGAAGACUUAGAAAUGAAGGAUUUACCAAAUUUGAUUCUAUUAGCUGAUUGCAUUUAUUACAACGAGUCAAUAAAUCCGUUAAUCAAGACCCUAAAAGAGCUAUCGAAUGCGGAUACAGAAAUUAUUGUUUGUCAAGAAAUGAGAGACACUGAAAAGCAAUUAGAAUGUUGGAAGAACUUUACAAAAAUCGCUAAGGAACAUUUCGAAUUUUCCUUUAUACCAAUUGAAGAACAUCAUCCUAUAUAUUGUAGUAGUGAUGUUGUAUUGUUAAGACUCAAAAAAUUGUAAUUUUUCCUUAAAAACAUAAAAAGAAAUAAUUUUGGAGAUGUUAUGGCGGUUGCAAUAAAAUGUAAUACAUUUAUAAACAAUUUUAAUA